AUGAUUGCGGUCGGUAUGCAUGUAGAGAUCAAACGGAGUGACGGCCGAAUACACGGGGCAGUCAUUGCAGAAGUCAAGUCAAACGGUCGAUUCAUGGUUGAAUGGUACGAAAAGGGUGAGACAAAAGGAAAAGAAUCAUCGUUGGACGAACUGCUCAAGCUGAAUCCCACUUUGCAAACACCUAAACCUGCUCCUCCACAACCACCACCACCACAAAAAACGCUUCAAACAUCUACGGCAGUGAAUAGAAUGAACAAUACUAUGCAGAAUAUGUUGCUAGAAGAUGAAGAUACGUUUUUGUUGGAUCAUCUGAAAAAUAAUGCUGCAGUCAACAACAAGCGUCAAUCCGGAAUCUUCAUGCAAAAUGUUCCUAUCCGAUCAUCAUCACCACCUGAAAAGCCCGCUCCAGCCAGACGUGCUCCAUCUCCGACAGAGAAGCCAGUACCGGCUAGACGAGCACCAUCGCCAACGGAAAAGCCCGCUCCGACACGACGUGCAGCAUCUCCAAAAGCUGAGAGAUUUGCCGUGCCUGCUCCUCCGAAGACGACUCGUUCCACAGCUAACCAAUCUGUGGUCGCUGCACCUCCAGCCCCAGUUGAAGUUCCGAAACUUUCCAGACGCUCUGUGGCUCCACAGCCUGUAGCAGCUCCAGCACCACCUCCUGUCAUUAUGAAUGCACCAAGAGCUCCAUCACCGGUUGCUCGUGUUCCGUCUCCCAAGAAUGUUCCGAGAUCUUAUCCUCAACAGGAAGUUUCACCUUCAAAUGCAAAUUUCGCUUUUGCCGAAAUGAUUCGCAAUUACAGAGCACAGGUAUCGUAUCGAAAAGGGGCAAUUAAAAUCACAUCGUGUUUUCAGAUUGACUAUCGUCCGCUCGGUAUGUUCGACAGCGUGAAUGAGAACCGUAUUUCGGUUUGUGUUCGAAAACGGCCGCUGAAUAAGAAGGAGUUUACGAAGAAUGAAGUCGAUGUUAUCACUAUUCCGUCUCGAGAUAUUACAAUUCUUCAUCAGCCGCAGACACGUGUCGAUUUGACCAAGUAUCUAGACAAUCAGAAGUUCCGAUUUGACUACUCUUUCGAUGAGUAUGCGAACAAUGAACUCGUUUAUCGUUUCACUGCUGCUCCGCUUGUGAAGACAAUCUUCGAUAACGGAAAUGCCACAUGUUUCGCCUAUGGUCAAACCGGGUCUGGAAAAACACACACAAUGGGCGGUGACUUUUCGGGCAAGAAACAGAACGCUGCAAUGGGAAUUUAUGCGUUGACAGCGAGAGACGUCUUUCGAAUGCUCGAGCAGCCUCAGUACCGCCGAAAAGAUCUUUCUGUGCACUGUGCAUUUUUCGAGAUUUAUGGAACUAAGACGUUUGAUUUACUCAACGAAAAGGCCGAGCUGAGAGUUUUGGAGGACAAAAUGCAAAAAGUACAAGUUGUGGGAUUGAAAGAGGAACAAGCUAUGAACGAGGGUGAUGUUCUGGAGCUCAUCAAUAAGGGAACACUUGUUCGUACUGCUGGAACCACUUCAGCCAAUGCCAACUCAUCGCGUUCCCAUGCAAUUUUCCAGAUUAUUCUCCGACAAGGAAAGAAAGUGUGGGGCAAGUUCUCUUUGAUUGACUUGGCUGGAAACGAACGAGGACAAGACACACGAGAAUGUGAUCGCGAUACAAGAAAAGAGGGAGCUAACAUCAAUCAAUCCCUUCUGGCUUUGAAGGAAUGCAUUCGAGGAAUGGCUCGCAAUAGUUCCCAUGUUCCGUUCAGGCAGUCCAAGUUGACGAUGGUUUUAAGAGACAGUUUUAUUGGUGAGAAGUCGCGUACAGUGAUGAUUUCAAUGAUAUCGCCUGGAAUCUCGUCCAGUGAUCACACUCUCAACACUCUCCGUUACGCGGAUCGGUUAGUAAGCAUUGUUGUAAUUGAUGCAAUUAUUUGUUUUUCUAGUGUCAAAGAGAUGGGAACCGAUGGAAGUGGUGAAGCGACUCCAAUUCGUGACGAAGAACUAUUCAUUCCACCGUGCCUCGAUAAAUCCGACGAUGAAUAUGACUUGGAAACGGAAAAGCUAGAACAUCGGCGUUUAGCAGUGGAUCAUUUGCGGAAUCUCAAAGAAAUGACCGAAAAACUAUCUCGCGAAUCGAUUUCUGCUUUGUCCAAUGAAGCCAGUGCUGCACAGAAAGCCGAGUGUCUCGCAAAACUCGAUCAACUAGCCCAAAUCAUCUCGAACACUCGUGCCGCUGUUGAAAAUGUUUGA